UUGUGGGGAGGCAGAGCGAGAGGAGAAUAGGAAUAAUAUUUACGGCAUUUUGGGAAUAAGAAAAAAAAUCAAUAUUCAUCGGAUAUUCGUUGCGUCGGAAUAUUUUAUUGCGGCAGCGUUGGGCAGCAGAAACCGCAGGUGGAGCCACACCCCCCAUCGAGCUCAUCAUCAUAUCCAGCAGCAUCAGCUGCAGCUGCCACCCCACCUUCUACACCCAUCAUCAUCAUCUCGCUCUCUCUCGCCGCACGUCACCUUUAAAGGGGAUACAGUACCCGGCACCCACAGCACACACAAUCCCACAGCACACAGCACACACACAGACAAGCACACACACACACACAUCUGACACGCACUACACGCAGACGCGCGUCUAUUUUUAAUGCCCCCCGCGUGAUUUAAUAUCAGGACCCAACCAGACACUCACGAAUACGCGUGCUUGUGAAAAGGAGAAGGCAGGAGGACACCGAUAAAGACACAUGACACAGGAUAUUGGGGCAAAGUGCUGCUCGACUUGAACACACACACACAUACACCUAUCGAAGGUGUUAGAAGCGAGGCGCAUGAACAGAGCUGCUGCGCUCUUGCGGGAUUCCUAUUCAUCCUCCUGCUGCUGCUGCUGCUCCUUCUCGCCAGCGCCAUGGCCGCUUGCUGCAGCGGAGGAGGAGGAGUGAUUGUUGCUCUCGCCUUGUGCCUUGUAGCCGCAAGCCCAGCGGAGGCCGUGUGCGUGGAGGUGGAUUCCGUCGACAGGGUGGUGGUGAACGACACGAUCAAGCUGACGUGCAUCUCGUGUCGCAAGCGGCAGGAGCAGGACGCCUUUGUGGAUGUCACGUGGACGUUCCAGCCCAAGGGGGAGAACAUGACAGCCGUCGACAUCCUGGUGAUGAAACGGAAUGGUGAGAACAUUAAGGUCGUGAACCCGCAGUUUGAAAUAGGGCGUAUACGGCUCGCUUCCAGCAAGGACUACCAGGAGGUGUCCCUCGAGAUCAACGACACGAGACUCGAUGACAUGGGGACCUACCGUUGCCAUAUCUACCGCAUCCUCGUGAUGCCCAACGUCCCUUACCCCCCUGAGUUCCAUCUGACGAAGACCAUCCAUCUCACCGUGCUCCCCGAACCCUUCAUGGACGUGACGGCAAAGGUGUCGGAGGUGAUGAUGUACUUCAUGAUCGUGGCUAGCACCGUGCUGCUCAUCUUCACGCUCAUCACGUGCUACAAGCAAGUGAAGCAGGCUGACAUCGACAAGCGUAACAAAGUCACGGACCUCUUGGUCAUCGCCCCGGUGAACAAGGAGAACUGCGCUGCGGAGCAGGCAGAGGAAGAGCUCAAGAGCAGUUCCUGAGCCGCUCGUGCAGCCGCCAGGAGCUGGGACGCCACGAGCGCUGCUCUCUCACGGCACGGCACGGCGGGGUGGGCUCCGCCGGCAUCGCCAUUCAUCGGCUUUCCAAUGUUUUUCUUUUUCAUUUUUUUCCUUCUUCCCUCCCCACACUCACACCCUCACGUAUGAGAUGGAACGCGUCCGAAAGGAUGUCCACCGAGGUAGAUGGAGCGAUGAGAUCACCUCGUGUGCAGGCGCUGGGUGAUUUACUGUAUCGCAUGAUCGUGAGAGAUGACGACGACCAGGCCUUAAUCCAGCAGUGGAUUAAAAAUGGUUGAUGAUAAUGAAGCACUAUAUAUUCUAUACAAAAAUAUUACUUGGAAUUUAUUAGAAAGUGUAUUCAGAUGCCCUUGAAAGAAACGUAUCCUAAUGACCUGGAUCAAAAGGUAUUUCCGUUAAAUAUUAACGCAUUUAGGACAUGGUGAAUAGGAAGCAUAAAUUGUCUCCAUCUGACAAAUUCCAUACAAUCGCAGGCAGCGCAUAUCAGGUUGCUGUGAAACGGUGCGUAAAAUUGCAGAAACAUGUCACAUAUUUGAUCCAAUCACAUACAUCUUUAAUCAGAAAGCACCUGUGGGGAAAAAGUCAUGAUUCAAAGUACACCAACACUAGUAAACCCUUCAUAAGAGACAAUUCUGUAUUGAAACGAUAGAAACUUACUCAACUUACAGAUAUAAAAACAAAGGUGAUUUUGAUUUAAAUCAAUAAAAUGUUGAUUUCAUCUGCUUAUUACCGGAAACCCGGUAAAUGUUAUCACUUUUAGUCAUUUUAGUUAAUUUUUUGUAUCCUCACAUCAUUUGAUCUUUCAUUGACUUCGUAAACGGGAUGGAAUUGCUUUGCCUCCCCAAACUUAUGUUUAUCUUUCAAAUAUCAUACACGUGCAGUCAGCGACUUCCGACACACGUCUAGUAGAAGGCUUCUUAUUUAUUAAGAGCACACAGGGCGAUACACUUCGUAACACGGCUACACAUAGGGGAUCCUAACACGCAGCUCAUCUCUGUCCUGCGCUACGCUGGCUGGUUGACGAGCCUAGCGGCGGCGACGGAGCUGCUCUUGCAGAAGAACAGCCACGUGGUCGAAGACGAAGAGAUGACGAUGGCAACGACGCAACCAGGAUCCAGACCCCACACUAACAGCCCGAACCAGAGGUUCGAUGCGCCUUAGAUCUGCCUGCCGUGGCCAAGAUCCACCUCUGGCCACGCCCCCUUUCUAGAACCUUCGGGAUGGUUCCCGGAGCUUCUCGACUGACUCCGCCCUUGACCUUUAACCCAGAUACACCCCUUCAUAAUCAGGCAUUAUGUAAUGCAGUUAUAACCGUAAUUACCCUUACAGGCCGGCAGGUGUCACCCUGUCAUUGCACACGUUUCAAUUACAUUAACAUCAGAAACAUUUAACUUGUACUAGGCGUGCUAUGCACACUACACAGAGGUAUGGUAUAUAAGCGGUGCUCUAUGUGUGGCUACGAACACACGCAGAGCACUGGCCAGUCAAUGAUAUAUGUAUGGCUUAACAACAAGACUAUAUUUAUUCAGAGCCUUUGUGACAGCCCAGAAAGUGAUAAGCAAUGAGCCAAAAUAUCUACGCACUCAUUGAGAUAUCAAAAGCAAUCUGAUCUGUGACUCCGGUUGCAAACCAUACAUUCGGUUUCAUAUGUGCAUUGAACUUAUUUCAUGAACACUCUGGGCAGUUGGAGGUAGCCGGGUGCAUCUGGGGAGUCGGAGACACUGAAUGCCGGCAUUGCUAAGAACCUUGGUUCAAUACGAAUCCAGCUUUCGACUGCCCGGGCCACAAUGAUUGCAAAAAAAAAACAUUGCAUCGUGUCGAAAUGGGAUUUUCACUUGAUUUGACCAACAUUCUGGUAUGCAAUCACAUUGAAUGCCACUGCCACAAUAGCUCACCAUCUCGUGACUUGAUACUGAUAGUACAGUUGGAAUACAAUUGGGAAAGAGGAAAACGCACGAGGUUGUGCAGCUUAAGAGAUGAUCGUGUUCAGGGGUUUCGGUCCCAUGAGUCUGCUCUUGAAAUUCGAAGAUGGCAAAGUCCCACUUGCCCAUUUCAAUCAAGUCCUACUGGCUCGUGAUCUCUGAGUGGCGGGUGAGCGGGGGGGGACUUAAGGGGUCGAUUUGUUGGUGGCUAUGCACACCUGUGACUCGGCGAGGGGCUGGUGGAUCACGUAGAGAUUUGCGAGACUCGCCGGGCCGAUGACGUGGUGGCCACGAGAUAGUAUAGCAACCCAUCUGUGCGGACGUUUGAAUGUUACCCCCUGCCCCCUACCCGUAUGAGUGGGUUUUAGUAAUUAAGAUUCCUCCGAUGUGCAAAACAGGUCGUGGCCAAACGUCCCAAUGCAGGAUCUUCGAUUAAAAAAAAAAGUAUUGAGACUCGGCAAAGGUUUCCUGGAUUUAUAACUGGCAUUACAUUUGUGAGCACAGGAGUGGAUUGCAUGGAUCAGAUUCACUGGGGGUUUAAACGAUACGGCUGGAUGGUCUUAACUCGUACAACAAACGCUGACACUAUGAAGUUUCGUGUUCUGUUCUACGGCAUGUGACGUUUUUUUUACACAAAAUACUUUUGCAUAUUCCGUAGCUUUUAUUUUUAGGGUUGGAUAAAGCUAUGCAUUGCUUGUAGUGUGCUGUACACUCGUGCGUUAAACACAGUGUGGCUGGGAUUUUAAAUAAUUAUUAUCAGGGUUCAAUUUCUCAUGGGAUAUUUUCUGAGGCCCCAUGCAACACCCAAUUCAUGUGACCCCGCUCCACCCCACCCCACCUCCCAUCCCUGACAGCGGACAGGGGGAGGCAAGGACAUUUUACAGAGCUCGGGCCCAGACAGCUCCAGUUGAAAUUAAGCCCUAAUUCUUGUUCGUUAAUAAAGCGUUUUAAUAUUUGUAGCUAAUCUCGGAGCGAAUGUCUGUGCUGCUCCUGCACACAGUCCAUUGACAACGCACCAAUCGCAAAGCAGAGACACCGACAGGGCUGUUUAAAACACCAAGUGUUAUCGUGUUAAUGCUUUGCAUAUAUAUACAUAUCUCGUUGGUGUUUAAGGGCACGUUAUACUACUGCUUUGGUUCUCCCGCGUUGUGCUGCAUGGCUCUCCGAUGGCUUUUCAGGUUGUUCCGCCUUGUUGUUGCUGCUGCUGCUGUUGCUUCCAGCACGUGAAGUGAAAUAUCAGACAUCCUGCCGAUCGACACAGAAUACAACCCGAAACACACAUCGGAGAGCGAAGCGCACUGAGUGCGAGUAGAUGGCAUCGGAGGCUGACCUUGUAUAAUCCUUCCGAAGCUCAAGUUGUACUUAAUCCCACGGAAUGACGGAGUGAGUUUUGAAUGUCAUGUUUCAUGCAUGCAGCAGCACAUAUACGCAUGUGUUGUACUGAGCAUGACGUUUUUAUUUGAUGCAGUGUCAUUAGAGCAGUAUUCGCACAAAAUACGUUUCCAAAGAAAAACGGCUGCGACGUUUUCUGACCGCAUGCAGGGAGAGCUUAAAUAUGAGUAUCGAUCUGAGUAUGAAGUGAGUGCAGUGCUAACCAGCGCGUACAUUUCUGAAGUAUUUUCCAGGUCGCCGGUAGUUUGGAGUACGUGGCACGUGCCUAGCAGAUACAACCCAUAGCGAGAGGGAUACUGGAUGUGGUGCGCCGGGCGUGGAAAUAUUCUCCCGGCUGAAAUGAAGCCCUGGCGCUAACGGACACAAUUCGACGUUUCGUGCGGGAUGACUGCGCCCUGACUCGAGUCCUUGUGGGAAACCGGCUUGCCUGCAUGCGUGUUGCAUCGGUACUUUUCAUUUGCUCGUUUGAUUUAUUUACGUUCUGCCAACAAGCCUUCAAACGUACACGUCAUUUUAAAGGACCGCGUUCUCUUGGCAACCGUUUCACCGUUUCCAAUGUCAUGACGUUUUACAAAUGCCGAUUAAAGAUGCUGUUGA